ACUUGCAGUUUCAUUUCCAAGUAGAAAAAUAAACAGAGAGAUUAUUUUCAAAAGCACUUUCGAGGGUACACUAAAAAAGCAGGUCACCGCAAAUAAGCACUUUCAGGAGGAUCCCCGGUCAGAUCCGCUGAAAUUCCCUCUCUCCCUCUCAAUUUCCCAAUUCAAGUCUGUAUAUUAAUGUCGAUAUCGAUCAAUUCGUGUUGUAAUUCGUAUUGAAAAUCCAAAUAAAAAAAAUUCGAAUCGACGGUCCUCAAUUUCUAGGGUUUCAAAAGCCGUUUCUGCGACAAUUAGGGUUUUAAUUUUUGGGGAGGAGUCGGAAGGGGGAUGGAGAUGCGUCGGAUCGCGACCUAGGGUUUGCUGAGGUCCCGAGGGGUUUGCUCUUCGAGUGCAUGAAGAUUUGGUGCUGCCUAUGCUUCACCCAAGGAGACGAACCCGAAGAGGACGAUAGCGAGGCGAAGGCGAUCAUGAACGAGGGGGAUUUCGGAAAUGACGGCAAUUCGGAGGUCGCCGUUGGGAAUGGCGACGAAAUUGACGGCAAUGCUCAGAGUUUGGGGCUGGUGGGGAAUGAGCGCGGCCGUGACGACCAUCUGAGAUUGUUUGAAGGGAUGGUUCAGGCAAUGCGCGGUGGUGGUGCUCAGUGGGACGAGUCUCUGUGUGUUGGCGCUCUUGCGUCGUUGAGGGCCUCAAUUAGGAACCCUCGGCUUUCCGAAGGCGAGAGUAGCUCGGCUGCAGACGAUGGUGGUGAUCACGAUUCGCACCAUAAGCGAGCCAAAGUUCAAUCCUUUAAUCAUGAUUUCCAUUAUGCAAUGGCAAUGUCUUCAGGUGCGGGAAAUUCCAGUUCAUCUGCAGACAGAGACUACAGAAUAAAUCAGAGCUCUUUUGUUCCAUUUAAGAGUGAGACAUUCUUUCAAGAUACUACUACUAAUAAUGGUGGUGAGGAAGGCCCCUUUGAUUCUGGAAGUGGUAAGGAUGAUGAAGGGGAUAAUAGUGGCACCUCAAAAACAGAAGAUUUAGAAGUUCGAAUGGAUCUUACAGAUGACCUAUUACAUAUGGUCUUCUCUUUCUUGGACCACAUUCAUCUUUGCCGAGCUGCAAUAGUCUGCAGGCAGUGGCGAUCUGCUAGUGCUCAUGAAGAUUUCUGGAGGUGUCUGAAUUUUGAGAAUCGAAGUAUAUCUGUGGAUCAAUUUGAGGACAUAUGUUGGCGGUAUCCCAAUGCCACAGAAUUGAAUAUUUCUGGUACCCCUGCUAUGCACUUGCUUGUCAUGAAAGCUAUCUCUUCAUUGAGGAAUCUUGAGGUUUUAAUCCUAGGUAAAGGGCAACUAGGGGACAUCUUUUUCCAUUCCUUGGCAGACUGUCAAAUGUUGAAAAGUUUGAUCAUCAAUGAUGCUACUCUCGGGAAUGGUAUCCAGGAGAUACCUAUAAACCAUGAUAGACUCUGUCAUCUUCAAUUAACAAAAUGUCGUGUUAUGCGCAUAUCCAUCAGGUGUCCGCAACUCGAAACUCUGUCAUUGAAGCGCAGUAACAUGGCGCAGGCUGUUCUUAAUAGCCCUCUUUUGCAUGAUGUUGAUAUAGGCUCUUGCCACAAGCUUUCAGAUGCUGCAAUUCGUUCAGCGGCAACUUCAUGCCCUCAAUUAGAGUCUUUAGAUAUGUCAAAUUGUUCAUGUGUUAGUGAUGAAACUCUACGUGAGAUUGCUCUUACUUGUGCUAAUCUCCAUGUUCUCAAUGCGUCAUACUGUCCAAAUAUAUCCCUUGAGUCUGUAAGACUGCCAAUGUUGACGGUUCUUAAGCUUCACAGUUGUGAGGGCAUUACUUCGGCUUCAAUGGUUGCGAUAUCUCAUAGUUACAUGCUUGAGGUUUUGGAGCUUGACAAUUGCAGUCUACUUACUGCUGUCAACUUGGAUCUUCCACGCUUGCAGCAUAUUAGACUAGUACAUUGUCGCAAGUUUGCUGAUUUGAAUCUACGAUGCAUCAUGCUGUCAUCAAUAAUGGUCUCUAACUGUCCUGUGCUCCAUCGUAUCAACAUCACUUCAAAUUCACUUCAGAAACUAGCUCUGCAAAAGCAAGAGAGCUUAACCACGCUGGCACUGCAAUGCCAAAGUUUGCAAGAAGUGGACCUUACAGAUUGUGAAUCUUUAACAAAUUCUAUAUGUGAUGUUUUCAGCGAUGGUGGUGGGUGUCCUUUGCUCAAAACAUUAGUUCUCGAAAACUGUGAGAGCUUAACCGCAGUUCGAUUCUGCAGCACUUCUAUAGUCAGCCUCUCACUUGUUGGUUGCCGGGCAAUUACUUCUCUCGAACUGACUUGCCCCUAUCUUGAACAAGUUUCUUUAGAUGGUUGUGAUCAUCUUGAAAGAGCAGCAUUUUGUCCAGUUGGUCUUAGGUCACUAAAUUUGGGAAUAUGUCCCAAAUUGAAUGUGCUCAGUAUCGAAGCGCCGAAUAUGGUGCUGCUUGAGCUGAAGGGAUGUGGCGUGUUAGCUGAAGUAUCCAUCAAUUGUCCAUUAUUAACGUCUCUAGACGCUUCCUUUUGCAGUCAACUUAGGGAUGAUUGCUUGUCUGCAACUGCUGCUUCAUGCCCGCUGAUUGAGUCUUUAAUUCUAAUGUCAUGCCCCUCUGUUGGUUCUGAUGGACUCUACUCUUUGCGCUGCCUUCCAAAUUUAAUUGCGCUUGAUUUGUCCUACACUUUCUUGAUGAACUUGAAGCCAGUUUUCGAGUCUUGUAUGAAACUUAAGGUGUUAAAGUUACAAGCUUGCAAGUACUUAUCUGACUCAUCCUUGGAGCCUCUGUACAAGGAAGGGGCUCUUCCAGCUCUCCAAGAACUGGAUUUGUCUUACGGAACCCUCUGUCAGUCUGCUAUCGAGGAGCUUCUUUCUUUUUGCACGCACUUAACUCAUGUGAGCUUGAAUGGCUGUGUGAACAUGCAUGACCUGAAUUGGGGUAGCAGUGCCGGGCAACCUGCUGUCCUAUCUGGCAUGUUUUUACCUGAGAAUGUGCAGGUUCCAAUUGAGCAGCCAAACCGGUUACUGCAGAACCUCAACUGUGUAGGCUGUCCAAAUAUUAGGAAAGUUGUCAUUCCACAAGCAGCACGUUGUUUCCACAUGUCAUCAUUAAACCUUUCUCUUUCUGCAAAUUUAAAGGACGUUGAUGUCGCUUGUUUCAACCUCUGCUUCCUUAAUUUGAGCAAUUGUACUUCUUUGGAAGUUUUGAAGCUUGACUGUCCGAAAUUGACUAGUCUCUUUCUUCAGUCCUGCAACAUUGAUGAAGCAGCAGUGGAAGCUGCCAUAUCUAAAUGUAGCAUGCUGGAGACUCUUGAUGUUCGUUUUUGUCCCAAGAUAAGCACGAUGAGCAUGGGGAAAUUACGUGCUGCAUGCCCUAAUUUGAAGCGCAUCUUCAGCAGCCUGCAACAGUCUUGAUUAUAGCAAGAAAUGCAUCUUUUCUUCCGGGGGCUUAUUGGAUUCGGCUUGUAGUCCGGCAAACAGAUGUGGUCAUCGAUCCCGGAACUUGUAUGUAAAUGGUGUCAUCGAUUGUGCUUGUAUUUGAUUUAGGUAUUAGUAUAGGUAGCAGACAUAGGCUUCUUACGUAACCCAUACAAUAAGUAAUGUUUGCUUUUAUGUUGACCUAUUGUUCACCUUUCUUAUUCGAUUUUUUCGGGACGAGUGGAAUUCUAAACGAUUGAGUACCGUGUGUAUAGGGUUCUGAAUUUGGUACUGCCUUUGUGUAUACAAUAAAUUGCGAUUCUUGAUUAA